AUGGGGUAUAAUGUAGGACUUGCUGUGGGUAUAUCCAUAGGAGUGCCUUGUGCACUCGUAUUAACAAUCAUCUUUGGUAUUUGGUGGAAAUAUCAACACAGACGAAGAAGGGAGUCAGACAUCGAGACCGAUCUCGAUAUAGAACUCAGAGAUGAUAUGCUGAUGCGGCAGUUUAGAGAAGAAAUAACGAAAACGUAUCAUAAGUCACCCCCUCCACCUCCACCCGAUAAAGCCAAAGCUUACGAAACUGUGAGUGAAUCCACUGGUGGUUCGUUUAACGAAAGUGCCAAUGUCAAAUCUAAAGUACUGGAAUCACCAGCACUCUCCUCAGAUACUGCGGAUCAUAUCCAUAACAACAACAAUAUCAGCAAUUAUGCUGAGAAUACUGCUGCCAAUAAUAAUGCAUUUCUUAACCCCCCUCGUUUACAUAAGAAAACCGCCUCAUCUUAUGAUAUAUAUGAUUCCAUGAUCCCUAUUCUCAAGGAAGGUCAACAGUCAACUCAAACACAAACUACAAGAGGGAUUUUCUCUGGCUCACAUAAUAAUCUGGGAAUUUUUAGUUCACCAGGGAGAAUAUAUAACCAUAACAACACAAGUCAGCAACAAUCCCUUAAUGAUGGGUCAAGUUCACAUCUGUCAAUGCCGCUAAAUGCAUUGGGAGGGUCGACUCAAAAUCCAGAUAAACUGCUAGAUUCCCUCGCUAAACAAUUGCAUAAUCCUAAACUUUUUGAAAAGCUUCCUUCAAACUUAGAAUUUCCAAACUUUACCAGCUCCGAAACCAGAUUAUCGGGACAUUUAGGUACAUCCAAUAACAAUUCUACUUCAGAUCUACUUAAUAAUGUGUUGAUUGGGGAAGAUACCAAUUUGAAUGAUAAUUUUAUCUAUGAGACUCGCCCUCAAACAGAUAAACCAUCAACAAAAUCUCCAUUCAGAGAUACUUCAUCAACAUCCAAACAUGAUGAUUUACCUCUGCCGUCCAUGAAUUAG